AUGAAGACGCACGUCUCUAGCGCUGGCAGUGAAGCCACGCCCACCCGCUACAGGCCGCAGGACACCUCCGCGCCGGAUGCUCUUCACCACGCCUGCGUCACAAACAGGAAGUACGUCCGCCGGAACUACCAGCGCGACUGCGAGGCGGCCGUGAACCGCACGACGAACGUGAAGCUCUUCCCCUCCUACACGUACCUGUACAUGCACGGUGAGCAGGAGACGAGAGCUCGCGACUCGCACGUGGAGCGCGGCUGUCGCGCCCACACAUACAACGCGCCGCGUAAGCCGGGGCACAGGCUGCACGCUCGCUACUUCUCCCGGGACGAUGUGGCCCUGCCUGGCUUCUCCCACUUCUUCAAGGAGAGCAGCGAGGAGGAGCGCGAGCACGCCGAGAAGCUCACGGCCUUCCAGAACAAGAGGGGCGGCCGCAUCUUCCUGCUGGACGUCAAGAGGCCCGAGCGGGACGAGUGGAGGACGGGACUGGAGGCCAUGCGGUGCGCGCUGCAGCUGGAGAAGAAUGUGAACCAGGCGCUGCUGGAUCUGCACAAGGUCGCGAUGGAGAACGACGACCCCCACCUCUGUGACUUCCUGGAGACCCGCUACCUCAAUGAGCAGGUGGAGGCCAUCAAGAAGCUCGGCGACCACAUCGGCAACCUCUCCAAGAUGGAUGCGGGCAACAACAGGAUGGCCGAGUACCUGUUUGACAAGCUCACGCUGAAGCACAGCUGAGCUCUGCCAGCAGGCAAUGCCUUGAUGAACCAUGCAGUUUGGAUCCUGCUUUAGUCUCCAGUGUUGUAGUUCCUACCUUUAUGCUGCUUCCAUACUGACAACUGAAAGGGGAAUCUGAUCUUUGUUUGAAGGCACCUUUUCAUUGUAACAUCUCAUCUCUCUGUGUGUCUGCAUUUCAGUCCCUGUUGAGCUGUGUGUUCUGGGGCUCAGUGUGGGUAUCUGACACUAAUAAACACUUGGAACAGCUGUGUUAUGAGUUCCGUGACACUUCCCAGGAGCUCUAACAGGUCUUGCUCGUCUGGUUAUUAAAGUGUCUGGAUCAUCCAGAGCUGUAUAAGUAGCUCUGUUUGUUCAAGGACAGGUACUAAGUACAGCUGUCUUGGCCAAGGAAUUUAGAGCCAUUUUUCAGCAGCAGGUGCAAACACACUCUUCCCCCCAUGCUUCAGUAGUCAAACACCUUCCGUCUGCGCUCCCCUCCCCAGAUCUGACCCUUUCUUAUUCUUUAUGAGGCAAAGAAU